ACGGAAGCAGCCAAGACGAGAUCGAAACCCAGGUCUCCCGGCCGGUGAAUCUUCGUCGACUCAAGUCGCACCUCGCCGCAACCGGGAAGGUAAGAAGCCGUCGAUCGAGAAGAUGCAGAUCUUCGUGAAGACCCUGACGGGCAAGACCAUCACGCUGGAGGUGGAGAGCAGCGACACCAUCGACAACGUCAAGGCUAAAAUCCAGGACAAGGAAGGGAUUCCGCCGGACCAGCAGCGGCUCAUCUUCGCCGGGAAGCAGCUGGAGGACGGCCGCACGCUCGCCGACUACAACAUCCAGAAGGAGUCGACGCUGCACCUGGUGCUCCGCCUCCGCGGCGGCACCACCAUCAAGAUCAAGACGCUCACCGGCAAGGAGAUCGAGAUCGACAUCGAGCCCACAGACACCAUCGACAGGAUCAAGGAGCGCGUCGAGGAGAAGGAGGGCAUCCCGCCCGUCCAGCAGAGGCUCAUCUUCGGCGGCAAGCAGAUCGCCGACGACAAGACGGCCAAGGACUACAACAUCAAGGGUGGCGAUGUGCUCCACCUCGUCCUCGCUCUGAGGGGCGGUUUUUAGGUUUUAGGGUUUAACUUUAGGUUUUUUACGCGUGGUUUUGGAACUAUCUAUCUAUAAAGUUGUCUUACCUUAUUGAUUAUUUUGAACACUGUAUUUCGUAAUGGCCUACCGUCUGCUUUCUGCAGAGCA